UUUCUUUUACCCCCUUGGUGCCCCACGUCUACAACACUGCUUGAGACACAUUGCUCAGACUCGCCUUUCUGGUGCUCAUUCUUGUAGAAACUACUGACCUGCAGAUAGAGCAGUGAUCAACCCGCUUCAUGCUGAUUUAACAGACUAACAGGGAUGCCAAAAGAAAAAUAUGACCCGCCUGAUCCUCGUAGAAUUUACACCAUCAUGUCGGCAGAUGAGGUGGCCAACGGUAAAAAGUCUCACUGGGACGAAUUGGAGAUCUCCGGUCGAGUGCGGAGCUUAAGUACAUCGCUCUGGUCAUUGACCCACUUGACUGUGCUGCACCUCAGCGAUAACAACCUCUCCCGUAUCCCACCUGAUAUUGCCAAGCUCCAUAAUCUGGUUUAUUUGGACCUUUCUUCCAAUAAGCUCAGAAGUUUACCAGCAGAGCUAGGGAACGUAGUGUCUCUCAGGGAAUUGCUUUUAAAUAACAAUCUGUUACGGGUUUUACCUUAUGAAUUGGGGCGACUGUUCAGGCUUCAGACCCUGGGGUUAAAAGGCAAUCCUUUAACACAGGACAUUCUUAGUCUGUAUCAGGAGCCAGAUGGAAUCCGAAAGCUACUGAACUACAUGCUUGACAAUCUAGCAGUUCAUCCAGAACAGCUUCCUCAGAGGCCGUGGAUUGCGUUAAAAGAAAGAGACCAAAUUCUCCCCUCCGUUUCCUUCACAGUAAUGUGUUUUAAUGUUCUGUGUGACAAGUAUGCUACUCGGCAGCUCUAUGGCUACUGCCCUUCUUGGGCGUUAAACUGGGAGUAUCGGAAGAAAGGGAUCAUGGAAGAGAUAGGCAGCUGUGAUGCAGAUAUCAUCAGUCUUCAGGAAGUUGAAACCGAGCAAUACUACACUCUUUUCCUGCCAGCAUUAAAAGAACGUGGAUAUGAUGGCUUCUUUUCUCCAAAGUCGCGUGCCAAAAUAAUGUCUGAGCAAGAGAAAAAGCACGUGGAUGGCUGUGCAAUAUUUUUUAGAACAGAUAAAUUUACACUGCUGGCAAAGCACACAGUUGAAUUCAACCAGGUAGCAAUGGCUAACUCUGAGGGCUCAGAAGCCAUGCUAAACAGAGUGAUGACAAAGGACAAUAUUGGGGUUUCUGUUUUGCUAGAGGUCCACAAAGAUCUCCCUGGUGGAGGCAUGAAGCCCCAUCAUUCAACAGAAAAACAGCUACUAAUGGUAGCAAAUGCCCACAUGCAUUGGGACCCAGAGUAUUCUGAUGUCAAGCUUAUCCAGACUAUGAUGUUUGUCUCUGAAUUGAAAAGCAUUAUAGAGAAGUCUGCAAGCCGACCUGGCAGCCCUGCACCUGAUCCAAAUUCCAUCCCCUUCGUUUUGUGUGCUGAUCUCAAUUCUUUACCCGAUUCAGGUGUGGUGGAGUAUUUGACUAAUGGAAUGGUAGCUGACAAUCACAAGGACUUUAAGGAGCUUCGAUACAAUGAGUGUCUCCCAAACUUCAGCUGCAAUGGAAAGAAUGGGACCCCGGAUGGAAGAAUUACACAUGGCUUCCAAUUGAGGAGCGCCUAUGAAAACAACUUGAUGCCUUACACCAAUUACACCUUUGAUUUCAAGGGUGUAAUUGACUACAUCUUCUAUUCCAAGACACACAUGGACGUUCUUGGCGUCCUGGGGCCUUUAGAUCCUCAGUGGAUGACGGAGAACAACAUCACUGGCUGCCCUCACCCCCAUAUUCCUUCUGACCACUUCUCACUGUUAACGCAGCUAGAACUCCAUCCUCCACUUCUGCCUCUUAUUAAUGGGGUACAUUUGCCAAGCAGGAGGUAGUGCUGGCUGACAGCUGGGCACUUGUUCUCAUGGACCUGUAUACCUGUAAAAGAAUCUGUAGGAGUGAAGUAUGGCCAACCUUAAGCUGCUUUCUCACGGCUCCUUCCCUCCUGUCAAAGCCGUGGCUCUCCAUUUUAUUGCAGGGAGGCAAUAUUUGGCAUUAGGGCUGGUACAAAAGCUGUCCUCCUCCCAGCUGUGUAUUUUUUGUUAUUUUUAAAGAGCUUUUUUUUUUUUUUUUUUU